AUGUUAAUUUAUGACGGCACAACAGAGGAGUUUAAAUUGAGAUUUAGACGAGGAACAUUUCUCUUCAGAGAAGCAGAACACGUCACAGGAUCAGCCUCACAGGAAACCACUGUCUUAAACAUGACAGUCUCCUACUCUCUUGAGGUGGCCAAUGCAAAGUUUUGUGGCUUCUCCAGGCUCCUGUUCAGGUGGAAGGGGAGCAUCUACCGGCUGGUGUACAAAGAGUUCCUGCUGUUUUGUGGAACUUAUCUGUUUUUCAGCGUGCUUUACAGGUUUUUUCUGACUCCAAAGCAGCAGGACCUGUUUGAGCGGGUCGCCCUUUACUGCGACAAGUUCACCAACGCCAACUUCAUCCCCGUCCUGUUCGUUCUGGGUUUCUAUGUGACCCUGGCCUUUAACCGCUGGUGGGGUCAGUACACCAGCUUCCCGCUGCCCGACAACCUGAUGAUGGUGGUGUCCGGGAACGUGCACGGCGCCGACGAGAGGGGCCGCCUGCUGCGCCGGACCCUCAUGAGAUACGCCAACCUGUCCUCCGUCCUCAUCCUGCGCUCCAUCAGCACCAGGGUCUUCAAGCGCUUUCCGACCAUGGAGCACGUCGUGGAGGCCGGAUUUAUGAUGAAACACGAGCUGAAGUUGUUUGAGUCGCUGCACUCUGAUUUCAACAAGUACUGGAUGCCUCUGACGUGGUUUUCAAACCUGGCGUCCAGAGCCAGGGAGGAGGGCCGAGUGAGGGACGACAUCGCCCUGAGGCUGCUGAUGGACGAGCUCAAUAACUACAGAGCCAAGUGCAGCCUGCUGUUCCACUACGACUGGAUAAGCAUCCCUCUGGUCUACACUCAGGUGGUUACCAUCGCUGUUUACACCUUUUUUGCUUUCUGUGUAAUUGGGCGACAGUUCUUGAACCCUGAGAAAGGACUCGACGGUCACAAACUGGACAUGUACGUCCCCGUUUUCACGCUGCUGCAGUUCUUCUUCUACACCGGCUGGCUCAAGGUGGGAGAACUGAUCAUAAACCCUUUUGGUGAAGAUGAUGAUGACUUUGAAACCAACCAGCUGAUUGACAGAAACAUUCAGGUAUCGAUGCUGGCUGUGGACGACAUGUACCAGAACCUGGCUCCCAUUGUGAAGGACAAACACUGGACACAGAGCCACUUUGCUGUCCCUUACACUGUGUCCACAGCAGCAGAGACUCUCCGACCAGCUUUCAUAGGCUCCACCUUUGAUAUGAGAAUGAGCGUUGAAGAUCUGGAGAUCCAGCAGCCGACAGAUGCACCGGCGAGCAAACAAUAUUUACCCCUCCAGGGCACUCUGGUUAACGGGUUCGACAGUUUCCUGCACAGGGGUAAAGGAAUGCUGCGCAGUGGGAGUCUCCCUUAUCUGGUGGAGGUUUUGUCAGACCCAAAUGAGGAAGAUGAGGCUGAAGUAGGUGAAACAGAUGCCUCCGAUCACAAAGAACAACAAGUGGCUCUAAUAAAUGCUGCACUGGGACAAAACAUAUGAAAAUAAUUGAUUCUUAUUGAAUCAUUUAACAAAUUUAAAACAUCACAUGCAUGACAAAAUAAACCAUUUUGGAAAAUGUCACCUUAUUUUUUUGUGUUGUGGACGCAAACUUUUCCAGAAACCGAUGUUGCCAUGGGUACAGUGAGUUACACUUUGAGGCAGCAUCAUUGAGUGUAAAUUUAAGUGAACACUGUAAAAAUAAAAUUAGUCUGUGUAAACUUGUGAGAUAAAUCAGGAGAAUGAACAGAGGAUGCAGCAUCUUUGCAUGAUAUAGGUUUGUUCUUGAUUGAUUUGAGGGAGACUUGAUAAAAUGUUAAGUCUUCAAAAAGACUGACAUACCUAUUGUCUUAUCUGAAGUUCUGACUAGUUUUUCUUAUUCAUUCUAACAUUUCCACCCUUUUGGCUAUAUUUCAGAAAAUAAAUACCAUUAAAAACCUUUCAAAUCUGUUUAAAGUGGAAGGGCUAUUCAUGAUAGAUAAUCUAAUUGUGUGGUGAAAUAACCAGAGCAUAUGUUUUAAUUAAAAUCACACAAGCAAUGAGAAACAAAUUAGAUGAAUGAAUGAAAUGAAUGUUUUUAUGUUUAUUUUAUGCUUUUUUAUGUAAACAGAAGGCGACAUAUUUAUAUUAAAAAAGAAGAUUCAAGUCAAAUGAAGCUGCAAGUACUUUGUUCUCCAUGGAGUUAAUGUGUUCGGCUUUUUCAUCUGGUAAAAGAUUAUAAUAAAAUGUAAAUAUGA